UGAGCUUCAUUUGCUUACUUCAUCAUUUCAUUUUCACACUUCACCCUCUCACUUGAACCAAAUCCCAAGUGAAGAGGCGUGCAACACUGAACCUUCACAAUUUCUCGCCUGUAUCGGACUCUCAUUGAGAUAGAAAAUGAUUCUAAUCAGAUCGAUCCGUCCAAAUCGACGGGCGAUUUCGUCGAUGUUGGAUCUGGAACCGCGCUCACGCUCUUAUUCGUCGUCGCCAGCUGCAGUGGAAGCGGAGCGGACUAUUCGAGAAGGUCCGAGAAACGAUUGGAAACAAGAAGAGAUCAAGUCCGUUUAUGAUUCUCCUCUUCUCGAUCUCCUGUUUCACGGAGCUCAAGUUCAUAGACAUGCUCAGAAUUUUAGGGAGGUUCAGCAGUGUACGCUUCUGUCUAUAAAGACGGGUGGGUGCAGUGAAGAUUGUUCUUAUUGCCCUCAAUCUUCUAGGUAUGAUACUGGAGUGAAAGCUCAAAAGCUCAUGAACAAGGAUGCUGUUCUUGAAGCUGCACAAAAGGCAAAAGAGGCUGGCAGCACUCGGUUUUGCAUGGGUGCUGCGUGGAGAGACACAAUAGGAAGGAAAACCAACUUUAGUCAGAUCCUUGAAUAUGUGAAAGAGAUAAGGGGUAUGGGAAUGGAGGUUUGUUGUACGUUGGGAAUGAUAGAAAAGCAGCAGGCUUUAGAACUCAAGAAAGCAGGCCUUACAGCUUACAAUCAUAACCUUGAUACAUCAAGAGAGUAUUACCCUAAUAUCAUUACAACAAGAACAUAUGACGAACGCCUGGAAACCAUCAAGCAUGUUCGUGAAGCAGGAAUUAAUGUUUGUUCUGGAGGAAUAAUAGGGCUUGGUGAAGCAGAAGAGGACAGGGUUGGGUUGUUGCAUACAUUAGCAACACUCCCCUCACACCCGGAGAGUGUUCCCAUUAACGCACUUCUUGCAGUUAAAGGCACACCUUUGGAAGAUCAAAAGGCAGUUGAGAUAUGGGAGAUGAUACGGAUGAUUGCUACGGCCCGCAUCACGAUGCCAAAGGCUAUGGUGAGGUUAUCUGCAGGGAGAGUGAAGUUUUCAGUGCCCGAACAGGCAUUGUGUUUUCUUGCUGGUGCAAACUCCAUAUUUACUGGCGAGAAGUUGUUGACGACCCCCAACAAUGAUUUUGAUGCCGACCAAUCCAUGUUUAAACUUCUUGGAUUGAUCCCCAAACCCCCUGCGUUCUCAGAUGACGAGGUCGAAACACGUGAGGAAGCUGUUUCUAGUUAGUUAGUUCUAAUUAGAAUAACCGUGUUGUACGCUGUUUAUUGACUCUUGUUUCUUUUUUAAAAACCCGAAAAUGUGCACGUGAAUUAGGUAUUUGGUGAGGUAGGUGUUAGAACUGUUAUCGUUCGGGGUAAUUGUAGACUUAUGAAGUUAUUGCGAGUAUGUGGUUCAGUGUGUGCCUUGCUGUACAAGCAAUCAACAGCAGGUAGAAUUCAUGCAA